AUGGGUCGAGCUAUUGUGAACAAGGUUAGGGACAAUCCUAAAUGCACCCCCAAGACUAUUUCCACAGACAUAAACGGUGAAUUUUCUGCUAAAAUGACUUACAUGCAAUCGUGGAGAGCUAAGGAGUGUGCACGUCAUAUCAUUGAGGGAAAUCCCAAGGAUAGCUAUAUUUUAGUCCCGUGGUUGUGUGAACGAAUAGCAGAAUAUAUUCCCGGGACAAUUACAUCGUGGGAGUGCAUGGAUGAUAGGAGAUUUAAGCGAGUGUUUGUAGCUUAUGGGUGCUCCAUACGAGGUUUCAUCAACUAUUGCAGGCCCAUGUUAGCAAUUGAUGCUUGCCACUUGAGUGGCAAUUAUAAAGGAACAAUGCUUGGUGCAACGGGGUUCGAUGCGAAUGAUGGCUUGUGGCCUUUGGCGUAUGCUGUUGUUUCUUCUGAGAAUGAUGAUGAUUGGCAUUGGUUCUUGAGCAAGGUGAAAGAGAUUCUAGAUGGUCGCAUUGUGACAAUCUUAACCGACAGGCAUCCGAGCCUAAUAAGCUGUAUUAGAGAUAUUUUUGGCUCCCAAUACCACUCAUGGUGUCUUCGUCACCUAACGGCGAAUUUUUCUACAUCCAUUCUUGGGAGACAAAGUUUAGGAUUGAGGGCUUCGGGUAAAGAGCAUGCGAAAAAAUUACUCGAUAAAAUUGCAUAUGCUCGAACUGUAGAUGAGUAUGAGAAUGCAUUGGCUGCCAUGCGGGUUGAAAAACAACAAAAACUAGGCGAACAUCUCAUGUCUUCUAUCCCCAUGCAUGAUAUGCCGAAUCCAGCUGCUGCUGCUGACGGUGAAGGUGCUUCCCAUCUUAGGCCUCCUGCGGUAACACGUCCCCCUGGACGACCUCGUAUUAAACGAAUCGAAUCACAAUUUCAAAAUGUAAGGUCGUUACACUGUUCGCGAUGCAACGAGAAUGGUCAUAAUCGUCGAAAGUGCAAGGCUCCUAUACCUGGAUAG